UAAUGCUUAGAUAGUGCUAGCAGUCCCAAAGAAUUAAUAGAAUAUCAAUGACACAGGAAGGAUUGAGUUAAAUGUCUACUCAAACAAAGAAGGACCAAGUGAAAGAAUACCAAUUGACAAAAUAGGCGCUCUCAUAGCUUGAAUGUUUGGUUUGUCUAAUGAAGAAACAGGCGAAGCUUACCGAUUUUGGCAUUUCUAACGACUCCUGUAAAAAAGAGUCACCUGGCAGAUCCAGCAUUGCUGUCGGAGAAAGGCCAAGCCAGAGCAUGGCACAAAGACAAACAAGUGUUACCCCACUGAGAUCAACACCUAAGAAGAGAAAAGAGAAGUUCUCAGACCCUGAGAACCAUGCACUUGUAGAUGAAAUUAUAAACCAUUUAGAGGAACUAAAUGGGAAGACACCAGGCUGUGCAGAGAAAAAAAAAGCAAUCUGGGAUAAUGUUGUCAGAAAAGUGAAUGGCGUGAGCGGCACACAACGUUCCCUGAUAGACUGCAAGAAGAGGUGGAAUGAUUACAGAAGAAAGAUCAAGAGCACCAUAGCUAAAUCCAGAUUACAUGAGUCUGCAACCGGUGAAAGGGAGCCACUGGAAGCCUUUCUGACCAGAAGACAACUCAUUAUUGCUAAAUUCUUCAAGAUGGGUGAAGAGGACAACAACAGAGAAAAACAAGAAACCUCAUCUGACUCUUGUUUGGAGGAAGUGUCAACAUCCAUAACAUCUUUUUUAAUAUCUGACUCUGAAGAAGACUUUGAUAUACCUUCUAAGAAAUCUUCAUCCAUCUCAAGUUCUAUAAUGGGGAGCGAUCCGCAGAAUAAACCAUGCUCACAGGCUUCUGAAGCACAAAUAUCCGGACAAUCUUUCACAAACCUCAGAGCUGAAGAACAAGGACGAUCCAACAAAACUACACUUAUAACAUCUUUCACUGAACCUGCAAAGUUUGAUUCAAAAAUAGAUGAGUUAAUUGCUCAGCAGAAGGACACCAAUGAAAUUCUCGAAAAUAUGCGCAGUGAAAUUCACCGACUUGUGAAUGAGCAGAGAAAAAUGUGUCGCUUUUUGAAGAAAAACUUUGUAGUGCAACAAAAAUCCAUAAUGUCUACUCAGAAGAUGGCAAGAGACCACCAAAAUAUUUUGGAUCUUUCAUUAAAAAAUCUUCAUAAUAAAAUAGAUGAGCUGAACAACACUGCAUGUGAAAAAAGCUUACAGGGUUUACUGUCCAGUGAUGAGUCAGAUGCAUCUAUGCCUCAAAAAAAGGGAAAUGGGAAGAGGAAAAAAAAGAGAACAGGAGGAAGCCCAUCUUUUAUCCUGUCUAAAAAACAAGCAAAAAACUAAUAAUAGCACAGCGUAUGUACUUUUCAAUUCUUUCUUUUAAAAUGACUUUGGAUAUUCACUAUACACCUCUGUGCCUACAUCUACUAUAUGAGUCACAUAACAACAUUAGUGGCAGAGACUUAAUUAGGAACCACUGUGCCAAGGUGCAAAACUGGAGACUGAACUGCUUUCUGCCCCAUGUAUGCCAAGCUCCAUGCACUUCUAUACACACAUAUUCAAAGCUCCAAAUCCUGCGACUGAUGUAUUCCAAAUGUUUCUUUUGGAUCCUAAAAACAUAAUUAAAAUGGUAUUCCUCCCUUGCUGUUCUUAAAUAUAUUUAAAAAAUUAUAUAUUUACAAGAGUUGGCAAACAAGUCCUAAUUUUAUCAUAAAAAAAACUUUUAGAGACUCUUAAAAUAUUUUUAAAGUUAUCUUACCUUUAGCUCAAAAUACUUCUGCCAUUAUGGGCGAGGUCUGGCGAACAUGUGGGUGAUCCAAUAAUUCAAAUCCAGAUUCAGCAAUAGUAGCCAUGGCAACAAAGGACUUAUUGUGUUGGUGGAAAAGGACGUUCUGACUCAUCUUACUUCGUCUCUUCUCCUGAAAUGCUUUGCUAAAUUUCCAGUAAAGUUGGCAUUGUAGUCACCUCUUAUAGUCUUUCCUUUCUGUAGGAAGUAAGUCAUCAAAAUUCCCUUUGCAUCCCAAAACAUAUUAUUUGGAUGCAAUAUAUACAAGAGUGGGGGGGGGGGGGUGCAACUGAGCCUCCAUUGCUUGAACUGCUUUUUUUUGUUGCAGAAUCAAAGUGCUGUAUUUACAAUUCAUCCCCAGUGACAAAUCACUUACAAAGUCAUAAAGAUUCCUUUGAAUACUUAUUAGAAA